AUGAUUCUGCUGGGGAAGACGGGGGCUGGGAAAAGUGCAGCAGGAAACACCAUCUUAGGAAGAGAAGCGUUCCAGUCUCACCUGUGUCCUUCUUCCUGGACGUAUCACUGCAAGAGGGCUGAGGGAGAGGUGGCAGGUCAAAGGGUUGCAGUCAUUGACACUCCAGGGCUUUUUGACACAAAUUUCACUGAGGAGGAACUUGUGAAGAAGAUCAAGUCAUGCAUGUCUCUGUCGGCUCCUGGUCCUCAUGUCUUCCUGCUGGUUGUGAGGCUGGGCAGGUUCACCCAGGAGGAGAAGGAUACUGUCAAAAUGAUUCAAAGCACUUUUGGUAAAGAAGCAGCCAAGUUCUCUCUGGUGUUGUUUACGCACGGUGACAAACUGAAGAAGCAAACGAUUGAAACAUUUAUUUCAAAAAGUGAAGAACUCAAAGAACUUAUUGAGGCUUGCUAUGGACAAUAUCAUGUCUUCAACAACCAGUCGAAAGACCAGAAACAAAUUAUUGACCUUAUGGAGAAGAUGGUCACAAUGUGUAUAAACAAUGGUGGAGGCUACUACACCUCCAAGAUGUUAAGAAAAGCAACAAAGGCCUCAAAGAAGGAGAAAAAACAACUUUUGAAGCAGCAGGAUGUCACAGAGCCUCACAGGAGGAAGACCAUGAAACCAGUGAAACACAAUAAAUGUCUUCUACAGUAG